AUGAACCCUCGUGCUAAUUGUCUGAACCGUUUGCAGUACCGACACCGCAAAUCGCGCCAUAAUCAGCCGACCGUCCACCUUACCUACGAUGAAGGUAUUCAAGUUAUUCGUCAAUUCCUCAACUAUGCCUCGAAACACCCGGUCGAAGAUAUCCAGGCGUUCACGCGCCAGUCGGUCCCCAGCCCGCAUUGGGUGAGGACGGAGUCAAUCACAAUACCCGAAGAGUUCCUAGCCUCCGCGGCAGAUGCACUCACGAAACAACUUGGCCCCAAGGGUCUCGUACGGGUUGGAGGAGAGAAAUGGUGGCAAUGGCGAGGUCCGGCCGAGGGUCUCAAGGGCGAAUGGAUCGAGAUGCGCAACCAUUACAACGAGAUGAAGAAGUCCAAUGCCCGGAGCAACAGGAUUAUGCUGUAUAUUCAUGGCGGAGCGUACUUCUUUGGGAGUGUCGAUACGCAUCGAUAUAUGCUGCAGCGUCAUGCUCGCAAGUUGAGGGGUCGCGUCUUCGCGCCCGACUAUCGCUUGGCGCCCCAAUUCCCCUUCCCGUGUGGCUUGCAGGACUGUCUGGCGGCAUAUCUCUGGUUACUGAAAAGCUACGAUUCAAAGGAGAUUAUUCUCGCCGGAGACUCCGCCGGUGGUGGCAUGGCCUUGUCACUGCUGGUCAUCAUGCGCGACCAAGGCAUUCCGCUGCCCGCGGGCGCGAUUCUCAUUUCGCCGUGGGUCGAUUUGACACACUCAUUCCCAAGCAUCGUUAAGGACAACCCUGGGGAUUAUAUCCCGGCCUACGGAUUCCGAUAUAAGCCCUCCGCAGCCUGGCCUCCGCCCAAUGCCGACGAGAUCCUGAAGAUCAAGCAGCUAUCCCGCAAAGAAACUUUCACAGCCAAGGACCUCGAGGAUGCCGGACCGACCGCAAAUAAGGAUGCCCGAGACACCGCUAUUCGCGGUUAUACACUUCACGAGAAGACGACCCCCACCGAGGGACCUGCUUAUCCGGGCAUGCAGCAGACCUCAGACCCGGGCACCCUGCAUGGCGAGCCCGAAAACAUCCAUGUCGUUCUACAAGGGAAAACGGUUGAACUGAAAGAUCAGAUCCAGAUGUACGCCACAAAUCAACUGAUAUCCCACCCUCUGGUAUCACCCAUUCUUCAGCCAUCAUUGGGAGGUCUUCCGCCACUUCAAGUGAUCAGCGGUGGCGGCGAGACCCUUCGCGAUGAACAGUUUUAUGUGGCCCAUAAAGCGGCCAAUCCAAGCGCCUAUCCUCCCGGCGACGUAUAUCUUGACGAGUUUGAUCCUGACCGUGAAACACUGAGCAAGUACGAGCCAACAUACGUCCAGCUCCAAGUCUGGGACAACUUGUGCCAUGUAGCUCCCACGCUCAGCUUCACUCGGCCGGCCAAGUAUAUGUUCCGCUCAAUCUCUCAAUUUGGCUCCUGGGCGUUAGCACGUGCACAGAAGACCGAGGUGGAUAUCAUGGAUGAGAAUCUUAUUUCUCCAGUCUCAUCAAGUGAAUCAGAAAGCCCAGAUAGUCUGGCAGGCAUCGCAGGUGCACACAAGCCGACCUUUCCAGCUGGACUCUCCGUCGGCAAAGCUGGCGAUCCUCUUCCCGCUUUUGACCAAUAUAUGAUUCGCCAACGAGUUGAUAAGCGUGGUCAUAUGUAUCAUCUCGACCCGCCGUCAUCCUAUCCCGUUUUGGCAACUCCGCCCGCAAAGGUGGGAGCAGUGAACCCAGAGUUAAUCCGGAAGUGGCUCGAGGCCAAGCAUGAGUGGGAUCAGAAGUUCUCCAGGGAGAAGCUCCGGGUCCAGAGCCGGCGAAUCAAAGAGAUGGCGCAUGGCUUCCAGGAUUUCGAGGGUGAAUGCCCGCCUCCAAGCUCCCUGGCUGCUCGUCGUGCGGCUCCUGGUGUACUUCCAAAGUGGCACGCCAAGAAGAAUUACGGAUUGAUGCUCUGGAGCGGUUGGGGUAGCAAACAUGAUGAACGGACCAUGGAAAAAGCAGACGAAGCCGCAAAGUCCGGUCAGACUACGACACGUCGCAGCGUGGAUGCUGGACAAGCUGGUUCGUAUUCAAGUGUCCCCCAAAAGAACCCUCAGAGCAGGCUCGAGACGGAUGCCAGGAGAAGCUCAACAGGCGGAACCCCAGCGGUUACUUGGGAUACCCCCAAUGAGAAGAAGCAGUGGAACAGAGAGACUGCCCCUAGCCGUCCCUCUGAAUCAACUUCCUUGCGCCCCCCGUCGGAGAGAAGUGGCGGCCCUAUUCUCGUGCUCCCGGGUGUUGACAACCUCAUGUUCAACGAGGAAAACGCAAGUACCAGGGCGCUUUUUCACGCCGCAGGAACCUUGCCCAUGUCAUCCGAUGCUUCUCUACCUUAUCUAAAAGGCAGACCAUCGUCGGUUGGUGGCUCAGUAGCAGGUCGAAGUGAGUUCAUGUCCGAUAACGGCGAAGAUGCCAGCACCGUCGGUGGCGACAGAGAAUUGGGUGCGGUCCCAGGUACUGCGACUGACGCCGCUAGCACACGCGCUGUUUUAAGUGCCAGAGGCGUAGUUGGCUUGGUCAAUUCAAGGGAUAGCGGUCGAAUCUCUACUGAUACUGCAUCCUUACGUGCGCAUCACUCAGAUGCGGAUGCUGUUUCUACUACUGCCAACGAUAGUCGAACUUCCACAUCUCAUCGACCGGAUAUGCCUGAGAGAGAAGUGUUCAAAACGGCCCAGGAAGCGCUGUAA